CCUCCAUGCUAGAGUCCCCAAGCUGUUGAGUGAAUCCUAUGACGUUUGCACUAAUCUAGCUCAGUAGCCGUGAGUAGAAGGGAGACCAUUUGACAUUGUUUGAACAUGGCUUGUGAUUUUUGUUAGAAUGGCAGUGGUAGGUUUCUGGGAACAGGCUCUAGAUUUUUGUUUAAAGCAGCACCAAAGGUUUUCUGAUAUUGCAAGGAUGUAGAUGUAUCCAUCCCAGUUACAGAGAACUAUGUAAUAACAUCUCUCUGCAAAGCCAAGUCUUCUCUCUCCUGUGAGGUGCCCAGCUCCCUAGCCGCCUAAGGAUGUGCAUGUGUGUGUGGGGGGGGGGCACAUCAACAGAGUGGUCCAGGUGCAUCCUGACCUUCCGUAGACAGAUGACAGCAACUCCAGGCGUGCAGGGAAGGGUUGAGAUUGCUCUGACAAUACUUGUGUUUUUUACUGGGCAUCGUUAGAGCACUCAGAAGUGGAGGCCCCUGUUUGAGGAGCAACUGUGUUGAUCAUGUCAAAGUUAAUGGGACAUUGAGUUUGUUGAUCAAAUCUGAGACUUUAUCAAAUUUAUGGGAAACUUUCAUUCCAGCAAGAUGUGACCUGACCGUCAACAAUUGCUAGGCUGGGAAGAGUUUGUGGCUAAUUGUUUUUGCAUUCAGAAUCUCAAACUGUGCAGUUAUUCCCAUUCACUUUUCUAUCCUCUGCAGCAUGUUGGCUGGGCUAAGUUCAUCUGAUUCCUCUGCCUCACUCUCCCCCCUCCCCUCUAGGAACUCAGUCUUUCCUUGGGAGUCAGCAUACAGGGAACCCAGUCCUAGGAAAGCCACAUUAGCUAAAGUUGUGCCAACCCCAAAUAAUGGAUCUGCAGAGCUUGUGCCACUCCAUCGAGACCAGGGGGAAGAUGGGCAAGAAGCCCUUUCCUUUGAGUUUCAGAAAAUUAAGUACUCUUACGAGGUCGAUGACAGGAAACAGUUUCUCCCUGUGGCUUUCCCUGUGGAGCACCCCCUCUCCUAUUACCAGAGUGCCCGAGGCUACCAGGAGGACAGAGAGAUCCGAGUGGCUGAGAAGAAAUACGGCACAAACAAGGCAGAAAUGGUGGUGCCAGAGUUCUUGGAACUCUUUAAAGAGAGAGCCACGGCCCCUUUCUUCGUCUUUCAGGUGUUCUGUGUGGGUCUCUGGUGCCUGGAUGAAUACUGGUACUACAGUGUCUUCACUCUCUCCAUGUUGGUGGCAUUUGAAGCUUCUCUGGUCCAACAGCAAAUGAGAAAUAUGUCAGAGAUUCGAAAAAUGGGUAACAAGCCAUACAUGAUUCAGGUUUACAGAAACCGGAAGUGGCGUCCCAUUUCCAGUGAUGAGAUCAUCCCAGGGGAUAUUGUUUCCAUUGGCCGAUCUCCUCAUGAGAACCUAGUGCCAUGUGAUGUGCUCUUGCUCCGUGGAAAGUGCAUUGUGGAUGAAGCCAUGCUGACUGGAGAGUCUGUGCCUCAGAUGAAGGAGCCCAUUGAGGAUCUCAAUCCAGAGCAUGUACUGGACAUGCAGACAGACGCCAGACUGCACAUCAUAUUUGGGGGAACAAAGGUUGUGCAGCACAUUCCACCCCAGAAAGCCAGCACAGGACUGAAACCUGUUGAUAACGGGUGUGUGGCAUACGUUCUGAGGACUGGAUUCAACACCUCUCAGGGGAAGCUGCUGCGAACAAUCCUCUUUGGGGUGAAGAGAGUGACAGCCAACAACUUGGAGACCUUUAUUUUCAUCCUGUUCCUUCUGGUCUUUGCCAUUGCUGCUGCAGCGUAUGUGUGGAUCGAAGGCACCAAGGACCCCAGCAGGAAUCGAUACAAACUCUUUCUGGAAUGCACUUUAAUACUGACUUCAGUAGUUCCACCCGAACUUCCCAUUGAACUUUCUCUGGCUGUCAACACCUCCCUUAUUGCCCUGGCCAAACUCUACGUGUACUGUACAGAACCUUUCCGAAUCCCCUUUGCUGGGAAAGUUCAGGUUUGCUGCUUUGACAAAACUGGCACCCUCACCAGUGACCACCUGGUGGUAAGAGGUGUGGCUGGGCUCAGGGAUGGGAAGGAAGUGACGCCAGUGUCUGACAUUCCUGUAGAAACCCACCGAGUGAUCGCAACUUGCCAUUCGUUGGUCCAGUUGGAUGACGGGACGUUGGUGGGAGAUCCGUUAGAGAAAGCAAUGCUGAUGGCUGUGGAUUGGACUCUGACCAAAGAUGAGAAAGUUUUCCCCAGAAGUAUUAAAACUCAGGGACUGAAAAUUCACCAGCGCUUUCAUUUUGCCAGUGCCCUGAAAAGAAUGUCCGUCUUGGCUUCAUAUGAGAAGAUUGGCUCGACUGAUCUCUGUUACAUUGCAGCUGUGAAAGGGGCCCCAGAGACCCUGCAUGCAAUGUUCUCUCAGUGCCCGAGCAGCUACCGCACCAUGCACACAGAAAUCUCGCGCGAGGGGGCGAGGGUGCUCGCGCUUGGCUACAAAGAGCUGGGGCACCUCACUCAUCAGCAGGUGAGAGAGUUCAAGCGCGAGGCUCUGGAAUGUGACCUGAGAUUUGUCGGCUUUAUCGUGGUCUCCUGUCCUCUCAAAGCUGAUUCCAAGCCCGUCAUCCGGGAGAUCCAGAAUGCAUCGCACCAUGUAGUGAUGAUCACAGGGGACAAUCCGCUCACUGCCUGCCAUGUGGCUCAAGAACUCCACUUCAUCCAGAAGGAUAACACCCUCAUCCUGCAGCCUCCCCACAGCGAAGACUCCUGCUGGCAGUGGCAGUCCAUCGACGGUACCACCACGCUCCCCAUCUUUCCACACUCCCUGCAAGAGCUGACACAUCACAACCUGUGUGUUACGGGGGAAGGGCUCUGUUAUCUGCAGACUGCGAGCAGACAGCAAUUGUUGAAGCUCAUACCCCAUGUUCAGGUGUUUGCCAGGGUGGCACCGAAACAAAAGGAGUUUGUCAUCACAACAUUAAAGGGGCUCGGCUUUGUCACGCUGAUGUGUGGGGAUGGAACUAACGACGUUGGAGCCCUGAAGCAUGCAGAUGUGGGGGUGGCGCUGCUGGCAAAUGCUCCCGAGAGACUCCCUGAGCGGAAAAAGAGACCUCGCGAUGGACCCAACGAUGGGAGACCCGCCUUGCCUGCCAUAGGGAGCAGCGCCGUGAAGCCCACCUCCCGCGCCGCCAAGCACAGGGUCAUGUCCCAAAGAGAAGAGCAACUGGCCAUCCAACGGGAGCGGAUCAGCCAGGUCCUGAAGGAUUUGGAAGAGGACCACGUGCCUAUUGUGAAACUGGGUGACGCCAGCAUCGCUGCUCCCUUUACAUCGAAGCUCUCCUCCAUUCAGUGCAUCUGCCACGUGAUCAAGCAAGGUCGCUGCACGUUAGUGACCACGCUCCAAAUGUUUAAGAUCCUGGCCUUGAAUGCCCUGAUCCUCGCGUACAGCCAGAGCGUCCUUUACCUGGAAGGAGUGAAGUUCAGUGACUUCCAAGCAACGCUUCAGGGUUUGUUACUGGCUGGCUGCUUCCUCUUCAUCUCCAGGUCAAAGCCUCUGAAGACACUUUCCAGGGAGCGUCCGUUACCCAACAUCUUUAAUCUCUACACUGUUCUGACGGUGCUGCUGCAGUUCCUCGUCCAUUUCCUUAGCCUGGUGUAUCUGUACCAUGGCGCACAGGCUCGCAGCUCUUCCAAGAAAGAAGAGUUUGUGGAUUUGUACAAGGAGUUUGAGCCCAGCCUGGUGAAUAGCACGGUUUACAUCAUGUCAAUGGCAAUGCAGAUGGCCACCUUCACCAUUAAUUACAAGGGCCACCCUUUUAUGGAGAGUCUGCGGGAGAACAAACCUCUACUGUGGAGCAUUAUCCUUUCAGGACUGGCCAUUGUGGGCCUUUUGACAGGCUCCUCACCAGAGUUCAGUGAAAAGUUUGGGCUGGUGGAAAUCCCCAUGGAGUUUAAGAUUGUGAUUGCUCAGGUCUUGCUGGCUGACUUCUUCCUCGCCUUGGUGGUGGACCGAAUUCUUCAGUUUCUGCUGGGGAGUGCAAAACUUAAAGUGCCUUCCUGAAACAGAUUCCAAGCCUCCAACAUCCCAGCAGUGCUGAGUAUACAAGUGUGAAGGACAACACCGUGGGGGGACACUUCCAGAUUGCAAGAAGAAUCUUUAUUCUUUUGACAGUGACUUAACCCUGCUCUGGAGCAGGCCCAGGAAAGCCUUCUGAUGUGCUCAUUUGGAGACUACUUGGUGUAACAAUCAAGGCUGCAUGGGGCAAUACACUCUUAAAUAACAUUUCCAGGACGUGUGACAUAUUGGGAGUUUUGUAUUGCCCUAUGCUUGAGGAAGCGUUUACAGAAUUUGGUAAUUAAAUUGGAAUCAAUGUAUUUUAAAACACAUUUGGAAUUUCUUUUUGGGGGCUAGUAGUGUAAGAGCUUGACCUUUUGAGUAACUAACAGCUAUUCCCCCUACAUGAGUUCUGAGGUUCAGACACUUAAAUUAGAAUCCCUCAAUUAUGAAAGAAACAGCCGGAAUAGUAGCUAGGUUCACUUAGUCAUAAAUAUGCAAGGAGGGCUUGAACAAAGACUGGUUUUAAUUAGUAUGACAAUAUCAGCAACAUAUCUUUAAGCCCUUAGUUUGCUUAGUAUUUCUGCUGUAUAGAAAGUUGUGUCCUUGAAAAUAAAAACAAAGUUACCUUACCAGGGGCAACAUCCAGAAUAAAAAAGAGUUAGUAACAGAGCUAAGAGAAAAUGUUCAAUACCCAAUGUUCAUUAAUCUUUAAACACAGACUGAACAAAAUAUUAGUGUCUUGCUGGCUGCUACACAAAAGUAAAACCUAUGGUAAACCCCUGAAAACUUGUGCAAGAUGUUUGGUUAAGAGACAAGAGAGAUGUUCACCAGAUAACAUCAGUAUGUCUUUCCUCCCCCCCCCAAAAAAAUAAAUCUUAGCUUCCAUGGAGAACUCAAUGCAGGUGACAGUGGAAUACUGGACACCAUAGUAAAAUAUAAACAGCAGCAAGUUCUAGACCCAGGGUCAGCUGACUGGCUGCAGGUUUAAAAUUGUAGUGUGGAUGUUUGGGUUUGGACUGGAGCCCUGGCUCUGCAACCUCACGACUUGGGGGUGGGGGGGUCUCAGAGCCCAGGGUCCAGCCCAAGCCUCUCCACUGCUAUUUGUAGCCCACCAACCCAAGCCAGCUGUGGCCAUGCCUGGGUCGUUUAUUGCCGUGUAGACAUAGCCCUAGGCUGCAAGCGUAAAUGCACUUAUUUGACUUUGCUUGUGAAUAUAAUCUAUCAAAAAUUGAUGGAAACUAGAGAGCACCAAGUGGAUUACAGAUUUAAAUAUUACAAAAUUAGAAGGCAGAA